AUGCCGACCGUGUACCUGGGUGUUCAUUUGCCCUUCAAACCGUACCAGAAACUGAAGGUCGAGGAUAUCGAUCUGAGCUGCAGUACCGAUACGCUCCGUGCGGAGGUGGCCAAGCUUAUCCAGAGCGAUGUGGCACCAGACGAUUUUGAGCUGAUCUAUUGUGGUAGUUUGCUGCAGACCGACGACGUCCUGCAGAACAAAGGAAUUGGUGAUGGGUCGACGGUGUACGUCAUACAAAAGCGCCCGGAGCGGAAGAAUCCGCCAGCGAGCGAGCAGCCGCAGGAAGGACGAACCCUAAGCAUAGCCGAGGCGCAGGAGCUGAUGUCCGUCUGGAAUAGGGUCGAUUCGUCCAACUUCCAGAAGGUGCGCCAGCCCGAGUUCAUGAAGAACGUGCUCGACGCAUACCCGGCCAUUCGGCGCAACCUUUUCGUGCUGUCCAUGCUAAAGGACCCGAUCCUGCUCUCCUCAAUGCAGCAACCGGAAACGAUCCGGCGCGUCGCCCUGAAGCACCCGAUCCUGCUUGAGGCGUCCCCCACGAUCGUGCAGCUGCUCAACUCGAAAAUGAUCCAGAAGACAGCCAACUGCCACCUGUCCGCACCGCUCGAUAACGCCCUCGACGAUCCGCUGUCGGACUCAUCGUCCAGCGACGACAACACGACCUCCCCGACCACGUCGACGGUGGUGACAAUGCGCCGGAUCACUGCCGACAAUCUCGCGUCGGCGCUCGCCUUCGCCGGUCAGCGUGGAUCUUACAAUUCGCUGUCCAACAUCUCACAACGUGAUGCGGACAGUAGAGCGAACCAACACGAGGCUGCACCGGAUGGAGCGGCUCCUUCGGCGAGUUCCGGUACCAAUUCCGAUCUGCCCUCGACCUCGAUGGCUGCCAGCGCUAGCCAGGCUUCCACAUCCACCACGCUUCCGGUACCGGCGGCCGCCGGAACGGGUGGCGAACCUUCCCGUGCCGGUCCCAUCACGUCUUCCAUGCUGCUGGACGCCAUUUCGAUUAUGUACGAGCAGCAGCGAGGUGAAACUGCCGCAACGUCCGGGCCAGGUUCCACCUCUACCACCAGUAGUGCGGCCGCCAGUGGGGUCGGAGAAAGGCCAGGUGCCACUGAACCGAUGGAUACGAGUCCUGCGACCGCCGGAACAGCACCACCGGUGUCCGAGCCGAUGGGGGCCGAUCUGGGCGCGCAGACGAUGUCACAACACUCGACGCUGGCCGCUAGCAUCGGCCAGUACCGGCGGGAGUUGGAUCAGAUGCGCGAGAUGGGCCUAACGGACACGGAGACGAACCUGCAGGCUCUGCUCGUGUGCAACGGAAAUGUCGAAUCCGCAAUCAAUCUCGUGCUUGGCGGGAUGAGCAACUGAUCUGAGCUCCGAAACCGACAGGGCUGUCUCGAGCGAGUGGUUAGGAUUAGCGCGAUGUAUUUAAUGUAACAAUGUAAGGGCGCAGGGACGAUCUGACUCAAAUGGAACGAGAACGGCGUGAGUCCUUUUGGCGACGGGUUGUAAAAUACUGUUCGGAGACGUGAAUGAA